CAACUGUGCUUCUCCCACCUCUAUCUCAAAUUGUUCAGUCAUUCUCGCCGUAAAACAAAAGGAAAACAUAGUUUAAACUCAAUUUUUGACAUCGAAAUCAUACCAAUUGCAAUUAAACAAGAUGCCGGACUACCUGGGUGAUGACCAGCGCAAGGUGAAGCACGACGAGAAGGAGGACAAGGAGAUCAAGUCGUUGGACGAAGGAGAUAUUGAGCUGCUAAAGACCUAUGGCCAGAGCCAGUACCACAAGUCCAUCAAAAGCAUUGAGGAGGACAUCCAAAAGGCGGUCAAGCAGGUGAACGAGCUUACAGGAAUCAAGGAGAGCGAUACGGGCCUUGCGCCGCCCGCCCUCUGGGAUUUGGCCGCAGAUAAGCAAAUCCUGCAAAACGAGCAGCCCCUUCAGGUUGCCCGUUGCACCAAGAUCAUCAAUGCCGACUCUGAUGACCCGAAGUACAUAAUAAAUGUGAAGCAGUUCGCCAAGUUCGUAGUUGACCUGGCUGACUCCGUGGCACCUACCGACAUCGAGGAAGGAAUGCGCGUGGGAGUAGACCGUAACAAGUACCAGAUCCACAUUCCGCUUCCACCCAAGAUCGAUCCGACGGUUACCAUGAUGCAGGUGGAGGACAAGCCGGAUGUCACAUACAGCGAUGUCGGCGGCUGCAAGGAGCAGAUAGAGAAGCUGCGCGAGGUGGUGGAGACUCCGCUGCUGCAUCCUGAGAAAUUCGUCAACCUGGGCAUUGAGCCGCCAAAAGGAGUUCUCCUGUUCGGCCCACCUGGAACGGGAAAGACCUUGUGUGCCCGAGCAGUAGCCAACCGCACGGACGCCUGUUUCAUUCGGGUCAUUGGCUCCGAGCUGGUGCAGAAAUACGUAGGAGAGGGCGCUCGUAUGGUACGCGAACUCUUCGAGAUGGCGCGCUCCAAAAAGGCCUGUCUCAUUUUCUUCGACGAAAUCGACGCCAUCGGAGGAGCUCGGUUUGACGACGGAGCCGGUGGCGAUAACGAGGUGCAGCGCACCAUGUUGGAGCUGAUCAACCAGCUGGACGGUUUUGAUCCUCGCGGUAACAUCAAGGUGUUGAUGGCCACUAACAGACCCGACACCCUGGAUCCUGCGCUGAUGCGUCCUGGCCGCCUGGACCGAAAGGUGGAGUUCGGCCUGCCCGAUCAGGACGGUCGUUCGCACAUCUUCAAGAUCCACGCUCGUUCCAUGUCUGUGGAGCGUGACAUUCGAUUUGAUCUGCUGGCGCGUCUCUGUCCCAACUCGACAGGUGCUGAGAUCCGAUCGGUGUGCACGGAAGCGGGCAUGUUUGCCAUUCGGGCGCGUCGUAAGGUGGCUACCGAGAAGGACUUCCUCGAGGCCGUCAACAAGGUUAUCAAGAGCUACGCCAAGUUCAGCGCCACUCCCCGUUAUAUGACCUACAAUUAAGAUUAUUUUUAUUGGCACCAUUCUGUAUCCUCUGCGAGAAAAUUUGUAAUACAUCCUGCAGAUGGCAAUUCAUGAAAUAAAACAAAACCUAUACCUCCA